AUGCUUAAAUCCUUUUCACUCUUUUUGGCCUUCGCAUUGACCUCUAUCACGGUUUCCGCCGCACCCAUCAACAUCACAGACUCCGACCCAGUGAUUCCUAGAGAGAGUAUAUGCGGGUUCUUAGACCUGACUGACGCGGAAGACCUGGCGCUUUUGCCGGUUUCUAAUGGGACCCAUUCCGGCAUUUUGGUUGUCAACACGACCAUCCUUGCUCAGGCGUUCGGAAGCGACGACAUUUUGACCAAGAGGGAUGCCAAUGCAGAGGCAGAAGCCGACCCAUGGCGCUGGUUGAGCUUGUCUAGAGGGCAGCCAAUGUACAAAAGAGACGCUAACGCUGAAGCCGACGCAGAGCCAUGGCGCUGGCUGAGUCUGUCUAGAGGACAGCCAAUGUACAAAAGAGACGCUAACGCUGAAGCCGACGCAGAGCCAUGGCGCUGGUUGAGCCUGUCUAGAGGACAGCCAAUGUACAAGAGGGAUGCCAACGCUGAGGCUGACGCCGAGCCAUGGCGCUGGCUAAGUCUGGCUAGAGGCCAGCCAAUGUAUUAG